CGAGCCUCGCGCCCACCAUCCCGGCGGGCGACGUGGCUCGGCGGCCCCGGCCCCCGCUCAGCCUGGCGGCCAAUGGGCGCGUGAGCGCGGCAGCCUGAAGCUUCGCGGCCCGCAGCUGGGGGCGCGCCCCGGCGCUUUGGCACAGGGCGGGAGCUGGCUGAGGGGCUGGCCCGUCCCCUCCCCCGCGCCGGCCCCAGCCCCCAUUCCCGAGCCUCAGCUCCGGUCGCUCACUGGGUGUCUCCCUGCCGCCGAUCUUUCUCCCCGACGAUGGCGCGCGGCGGCCACGGCCGCCGCCUGGGACUCGCCCUGGGGCUGUUUGUGGCGCUGGCGCUAGCGCCCGGGGCGCUGCGGGCCAAGCCCACAGUGCGCAAAGAGCGCGUGUUACGGCCGGACUCGGAGCUGGGCGAGCGGCCGCCCGAGGACAACCAGAGCUUCCAGUACGACCACGAGGCCUUCCUGGGCAAGGAGGACUCCAAGACCUUCGAUCAGCUCACCUCGGAGGAGAGCAAGGAGAGGCUGGGAAAGAUUGUCGAUCGAAUUGACAGUGAUGGAGACGGCUUUGUCACCACUGAGGAGCUGAAAACCUGGAUCAAACGGGUGCAGAAAAGAUACAUCUAUGAUAAUGUUGCUAAAGUCUGGAAGGAUUAUGAUCGGGACAAAGACGAUAAAAUUUCCUGGGAAGAAUACAAACAAGCCACCUAUGGUUACUACCUAGGAAACCCCGCAGAGUUUCAUGAUUCUCCAGAUCAUCACACCUUUAAAAAGAUGCUGCCACGUGAUGAGAGAAGAUUCAAAGCUGCAGACCUUGAUGGUGACCUGACAGCCACUCGGGAGGAGUUCACUGCCUUCCUACAUCCUGAGGAGUUUGAGCAUAUGAAGGAAAUUGUGGUUUUGGAAACUCUGGAGGACAUCGACAAGAACGGGGAUGGCUUUGUAGAUCAAGAUGAGUAUAUUGCGGAUAUGUUUUCCCACGAGGAGAAUGGCCCUGAGCCAGACUGGGUUUUGUCAGAACGGGAGCAGUUUAAUGAAUUCCGGGAUCUGAACAAGGAUGGGAAGUUGGACAAAGAUGAGAUUCGCCACUGGAUCCUCCCUCAGGACUAUGACCAUGCACAGGCCGAGGCCAGGCACCUGGUGUAUGAGUCGGACAAAAACAAGGAUGAAAAACUAACUAAAGAGGAGAUACUAGAGAACUGGAACAUGUUUGUUGGAAGCCAAGCUACGAAUUAUGGGGAAGAUCUCACAAAAAAUCAUGAUGAACUUUGAUGCACACUCACCACAAUGUGGAAGACUGUCUUGGCUUCCUUUUAUUGUCUUAGAUGGUUGCUACUCUCGUCUCAUUUACAGCAGUUGUGUCCCCCAAACAGCAAGUUUAUAACCUCGGAUUGGGGGUAAAAUUGGUUUUCACUCAAUAUUUACUGGGAAAUAGUCAUUUCUAUUCCUUCAGUAAGAUUUCUCACCAAGCACAUGAAACUCUUGGUAAAUUGCAAUACUCUAUGGGGACACAUUGCUAAAAUGAGACUUUUUAGCUUUUUCCAUUAAAGGGGAAUAAAAUUUGAAAAAGCCCUAUUAUUCAGAAGUUGGGUGGGUUGGGAGGGGAUGGUAUAUGGAGUGACUGCUGUGUAUUUUAACUGCACAUUUUACACAUUUGCCACUAUUGAACAGUUGGUGAGGGAAAAUUCUGAUGAAGCUACUUACAGUGGUAUCAUCCUCCACGGGCUUAUUUCAGAACAAGUCUAAUACUUGCGAUUCUUCCUUUUUAACUUUACUCUGAGCUGUUACUGUAAAUCAUAUAUAAAACCCUCUGUGCGUUUUUCUGUAUGGACCUGCUAAUGUGCACAACAAAUCCACAUCUUUUGUUUUUUGUGUUUUUUACAAUAAGAAACAAGAAAGAUAAUGUGAAAAAGAAAGGAAUUUUAGAGGUAGGGAAAGAUGAAUGUCAGGCAUUUGAAGAAUAUAGAAUUAUAGGAAAAUGGUAAACGUGUUAUUAUACUUGAGAAAAUUUCCUUGGCAUGUAAAGGAGGUAGGUCUGAUCUUUGAAAAAGUGACUAGAAAUACAACCCAUUUCCUCACUGCUUGCUGAUAGGAAUGUGGGAGUGGGAUCCUAGGGACGCCUGCCGAGUGAGGUGCUGGAACCACAGCACACAGUCCCAGUAGUUCCAUGACCCUCGGACCAACCCUGGGGACCAUUUACACCGUGGAAUUCAAACAAGGUGAUGUUCCAAGCCAUUGGCUGAACUGGAAGAAACAACUUUUACAGGUCGAAAUGCUACCUUAUAAGUCGAAAGUGAAUGAAAUAAAGGAUCUCCCUGAGGAUUUUC